CCGAGAGCUCAGACACGACAACCCGCGAGGGCCCAAUGCCAGGCGAACGAGGACGACGGCGACGAGAGCAGCAGCACAGGAGAGGGGAUGAUGAGCAGGAGGAGAAGGAGCGAUGGUCACGCGCAUAACAUGCCGUCGCGCGUCGUCCACCGCCGGUUGCGCAGCUCUGGAUCCUCCGACUCGGGCUCGAGAGCUUGACGCCCGCGAUGGACAGCCCGUCCAAGCUCCGCGUACAGGGCGCCGCCCGCGCCACCCGGCGCCUCCGCGUCCACCGCGCGAAGCUCGGCGCGGAUCCACAGCUUGCGCCCCUCGCGCUUCGCCACGCGCCCCACAAUCCGCCGAUCGGGUACAACGAAGCCAGGGGCUCAGAAGGGGAGAAGACCCAGGCAUGCGGCGCCGCAGGCGCCGCCAUGGGGUCCGGCGCCGAGCCCGAGAAAUCCACGCGGAGCUCCGGAAGCUGAUGUCCCUGCACUUGUUGUCCCUCUUCCUUGACUCUCUAUCUUCCAUACUUUCUGACAAGAAGGUGGCUGCUUCAAGGCGAAAAACUGCAGAGACCUACACUUCGAGAGCUCCGUGUGCGUUUCUCGGAUCGGCGCUGGACCACCAUGGCACGCUCUGCGCGCCAGGGAGGGGGUCCAACCCAGAUCCAACAGAUCCAAGCGGAGCU